ACGUCGUCCGUCAUAUUGUUGAGCUGGCGCGUGAAAGCCCAGAGGAAAAAAAGGCCCGAAAGAUGUCUGCCAUAUACGGACGGGUUGUUCGAGGAGGGAGUAGCGGAGGGGAGCGAUGCGGUCGGUGCUGGCGCGACUAGCCGAGCGAAACACAGACGAGCAGGCAGUCUACUACACGCAGUAGUGUGGCGUGUGCGGAGCGCCAGUUACGUCGAGAUGCGUGAUCCGGACUUGCUUUGACAGUAUUUUUCUUCUCAAACGGCACGUCCGAAGUUGUGAUCACCAUUCGACUUUAACGAUAGGAACAGGCUACAGUAGCGGUGAGGGCAGUGCAGCGAUGGCUGACGACUCGAGUGUACGCGUCGCAGUGCGGAUCCGGCCGCAGAUAGCACGCGAGGUGAUCGACAUGUGCCGGAUCUGCACGCAGGUACCGGCGGGUGAGCCGCAGGUGUUCCUGGGCCCGGACAAAGCCUUCACCUACGACUACGUGUUCGACACGAGCUCGGACCAAUGCUCGAUCUACGAGACGUGCGUGGCGCGGCUGGUGGACGGCGCGCUCGACGGCUAUAACGCCACGGUGCUGGCCUACGGACAGACUGGUUCGGGCAAGACCUACACCAUGGGCACGGGCUUCGACGUGGAGAUCGACGAGCACGUGGUUGGCAUCAUCCCCCGGGCCAUCAAGCACCUCUUCGACGGCAUCGCUCAUAAGCAGGCUCGCGCCCGCGAGCGCGCCCAGCUGCCGCCCGAGUUCAAGGUGAGCGCGCAAUUCCUGGAGCUGUACAACGAAGAUCUGAAGGACCUGCUGGAGCCGGGAGGUCCGCGGGGCGGCGCCCGCAUCCACGAGGACACCGCGGGCAACAUCCACCUCGCGGGCGUCGAGUGCCGCGUGGUGACGAGUCCGCAGGAGGCCCUGGAGUACCUGCGCCUGGGCGCGCUGUCUCGCACUACCGGCAGUACGCAGAUGAACACUCAGUCGUCGCGCUCGCACGCCAUCUUUACGCUGCACGUCAAGCAGCAGCGCUGCAUCCACGUGGAGGACCCGGACGCCGACGUGGACACCGCUGGCGACAACAUGGACAGCGAGUUCGAGACCCUCACGGCCAAGUUCCACUUCGUCGAUUUGGCCGGCUCGGAGCGGCUGAAGCGCACCGGCGCCACGGGCGAUAGAGCCAAGGAGGGCAUCUCCAUCAAUUGCGGCCUGCUGGCCUUAGGCAACGUCAUUUCGGCGCUCGGCGACAAGACCAAAAAGGCCCUCCACGUGCCUUACCGAGACUCCAAGCUCACCAGACUGCUGCAGGACUCCUUGGGCGGCAACAGUCAGACCGUAAUGAUCGCCUGCGUCUCGCCCAGCGACCGCGACUUCAUGGAGACGCUCAGCACCCUCAAGUACGCUAAUAGGGCGCGGAACAUCAAGAACAAGGUGACCAUCAACCAGGACAAGAGCUCUAGGACCAUCGCCUCGCUCAGGCGCGAGAUCCAGCAGCUGCAGAUGGAGCUGCUCGAGUAUCGACAGGGUAAACGAGCGGUGGGCGAGGACGGAAUGAACGACGCCUGGCACGAGAACCAAAUGCUCAACAGCGAGCUGCAAAGCCUGCGCACGCGGGUCAAAGCUCUGUCGGAGACCGUGGAUGCUUUGACGGCUAAGAACUCGCUGCUGCUCGCGGAGAAGGCGGCAGGCCAGUGGCUGUCGUCGGGCGCCGCCGCCGCCGCCGGCGGCGAUGUCACUGGCCUCGUACAGGGCUACUUGCAAGAGAUCGAGGAGCUGCGGGCGAGAUUACUCGAGGCCGAGGCGCUUUAUCAGCAGCUCAAGAAGAGGCAGAUGCAUCAAUCUUUCGGGAUAGACGCUUCGCUCGAAACUAGUAUGCAGGUUAGCGCCGCGGGUAAUCCCUACACCGUCUCCGACAUGUCGCACGUUUUACACAGCGAUUCUUCCUCGGUGCUCAUUGAAGCGAAACGAGAAUUACAAAAAGAGAAGGCGCUGCUUGCCAGCCUCAAACAACAAACGCAAACUAUCAGCAAUAAAGAUGGGGAAGAUGCGGAGAUGGAAGACGCUGAGAACGGGCAAGAAUCUAUGAGCGAAGACGAGUCUGACGACGAUUCCGAUCGUAAAGAAGAGGAUGAAGAAGAGGAAGCGAUAGGUCGUGAAUUGGAGAACCUUACCUCUAACAUAGAUGUGAAGCAACGGCUGAUUCAAGAGCUUGAAUUGUCUCAAAGACGACUGCAAACAAUGAAGCAACAUUAUGAAGAUAAACUCGCUCAAUUACAGCUGCGUAUCAAAGACACCCAAGAAGAAAGAGACAAGGUUCUAUCCUCUCUCCAACAAAACUCGUCGGCGCCAACAGAAAAGGUCAAAAAACUACGUGACGAGUACGAAAAGAAGCUCGCGACAAUGCAAAAGGAAGUCAAGAUGUUGCAAUCUGCUAAAAAGGAGCACGCUAGGCUUUUAAAGAGUCAAACACAGAAUGAAAAUAGACUGCGAGGGUUGAGAAAUGAACUGGCAGAAAUGAAACGAGCAAAAGUGAAGCUGCUGAACAAGAUGCGCGAAGAAGCGCAGCGUCACAAGGAAAACGAGCUCAAACGCAACCGUGAAAUCGCUCAGCUGCGAAAGGAAAGUCGUCGCAACGCCAACAUGAUUAGAACUCUGGAGGCCGAGAGACGAAUGAAAGAAGUUGUACUCAGGAGAAAGCAAGAGGAAGUCACCGCACUGCGAAAGAGAGACCGGGGAUUAAGUCAGAAAGCCGCGGGUCGAACAGCCGUAGCUAAAGCGCCAAACCCCAAGGCACUGAAACAACGCUGGCAGACUUUCGAGAGGACCAUCACAAAGCAGGCGUUGGCUAAACAAGCCGCUGCUGAGACGGAAAAAGAGAUGGAGCGAUUACUGCAGGAAAGGGAGGAACUCGGGAGAGAACUCGAGAGACUGAAAAAACAAAAGCUCGUCAUUGCCUCGAUGAAGGACGAUACAGCGGAUAUCGACGAGGAAAUCGACAACGUUACCAGCAAAAUUAGUUACUUACAAGACAGCAUAUCAGAGUGCCAAAGAGCGAUGGUGGAGAUGGGUGACAACGACGGUGAGGCGGACGGUGAUUCGGGUAUGGAAGCCUUAUUGAACACAAUAAGAACAGUUGACGAGGCACAGUACCUAAUGCAACGAAUGCUGGCUUUUACCAUCGAGCAAAGUUACAUCGCUGCUCAGAAGCAGCUCGAAGUGCGCGACAUGGAAACUCGACUGAACCAGGUCGCACAAGAAAGCGAUGUUCAGCAUCAGCUUCUUGAACAUGUACUUAGAGAUAGAGAUCUGCUGUCGCUUACCAAUAGUAAUGUCACGAACAAUUCAACUACGGCCUACAGUCCUCCUAGCUCCAGGAGUUCUUCCCCAGACAAUAGCGAAAACAUGACGCAAAGCAUAGGUCCAGACGAUAAGCCAAGAAGUAUCAAGGUGCGACGGCGAACGACGCAGCCGCAGGAGCUUUUGUACGGAACGAACGCGGAUAAUCAAAAGAACGAGGAUCAAAAUCAAAAUCAUAACCAUCCAUUGACGAGGGUUCCCAGUGCACCAGGCAGUCUCAAGGGUUUGGUACUCGCGAGGAAUCAGUAUGGCAGUGGGUUGAUUGGUUCGCCAACGCUGAGUCGUCGCGACAGCACGUCACCACGGCCCCUACGCAGAGCCCUACACGCAGGUGGCGGUUCCAUGGAGCAGGUAGCCCACAUGGACACCUCGUCGCCGCCAAGUUCACCGAUGACCUACAGGAGAUUUAAUAGUCGAGAAGAGAAUGUUUUCUCGAGACUAACUGCGAGCAGGCAAACUCUACAUGUCGAGCACCAGCCAACUAAAGGAGUCAUCUCCAACUAUCAGGGAAAGGUCGUACCUAGAGCAAUACUGCAGUGUACUCAUGUCGCCGAAGGCCACAGUAAAGCCGUCCUGUCAAUUUGCGCAACCAAUGAUUUACUCUUCAGCGGCUCCAAAGAUCGAACAGUCAAAGUGUGGGAUCUAGGAACGGGAAUCGAGAGCAUGUCUCUAGGCGGACACCCAAACAAUGUAGUAGUUGUUAAAUACUCGGCGGUCAAUCGACUAGUGUUUAGCGUGUCGCUAGCCUACGUGAAAAUUUGGGACCUGCGCUCAGGCAAUAGCUGCAUAAAAACGUUAUUCUCAUCGGGACAGGCGCAGAGUGGCUCUCUCAACAUUUCGAAUACGACGAGGACGGUACAGUUGCCCGUCGGAGAGACAACGAUCAACGAUGUAGCUCUCGGCCUAGACGAUCGCGAGCUGUACACAGCCUCGAGCGACAAAGUGCGAAUUUGGGAUUUGCGCAAGAUCGCCUAUGUAGGAAAAUUAAGUACCCCGCAUUCCGCAGCGGUUAUGUGCCUCAGUGCCACCGAGGACGGUAGAGUAAUCACCGGUAGCAAAGAUCAUCUCAUCUCCAUUGUUGAGCCCAACAUGUCUGGUCAGUCAUUCAGUCUAUCACCUCCACAUUACGACGGCGUCGAAUGCUUGAGUACCUACGGAAACAUAUUAUUCUCUGGAUCACGAGAUAUGUGCAUCAAACGCUGGGAUCUGGGUAGAAUGGAGAUCGUCCAGUCUUUGAACAAUGCCCACAAAGAUUGGAUCCAAGGAUUGUGCCUUAUUAAUAGCGGGUCGGUCAUGAUAUCUGGCUGCCGCGCUGGUAUGCUAAGAGCUUGGACGGUGCCGAACUUUGGUGAUCAGAUGGGCGAGUGUUCGCUUCUAGGCGAGGUGCGUGCCCACACCUCAGCCAUCAACGCUACUGUCAGCAACCAACAACAUAUUUUCACCGCCAGCAGCUCUGGGGAAGUGAAGCUGUGGCGCAUACCUGAUUCUUCUUUGACCAUGUCCACGUCCACAGUUUCUUUAUAACUUGAUCCGCUUGAUCUCUAUCUCUUGUGAUGGCACAGUGAGGCUUUGGAGCUACAACAAGAGAGACAACCGGACUUUCCAAAGGAGCAUCUCGCUAAAAUGCUAGCACACGAAGUAUUUCAUUUAUGUAGUGAUAUUACUCGUUUAUUU